CAAAAAGCCGUUAUGAUUGCUAUAAGCUCGAUUUUUGAAUAAUUUUCAAAAAGAAAAUUGGUGCUUUUGAAAUUUUCCUUUAUUAAUUUGUUUACGAGAUACCUGGUAAAACUGAAAAACCUCUAACCUCAAAUUGCUUUUAACUCCUUUAUAACUGGAAAUAUUUUUAAACUUUAAGCACACAUUCAACAAAAAAUUAUUGAUAGAAAACUAGCAGAAAUACUGCAUUGAACCCACAUAGGGGUUGCCAAAUGUCGAGUACGCUGCUUACUUCGGUUUACUCCCAGCGAACAGCUGAUUGUCAAAAUUUACACCCGUCAUCUGGACAUCUAUUAAUUGUUUUCCCAUUGUAUGACUCAAACUUUGUUAUUGAUUUUUAACAAUUAAACUGUUUUAAUUAGCAAAUUAAUCGUUGAAAGCUGGUCCAAAAAUAACCCCUGAAACCUAUUGAUGGUAUCAAGUAAGAUAACGAAACCAUAUUGUUGCCGUAAAAACUGCGUGCAAUUAAGCAUUCAUUUUUGUAAGUCGCUGAACUUACAGUAAGAAAUGGAUUCGUAUCAAAACGGAAAUCAGACCCAAGAGCAGGACUUUCAAAAGUUGUCCCAAACAAUUGCUUCAAGUAUUCAAAAAACUCAUCAAAAUGUGUCUUCCAUGCAACGAAUGGUCAACCAAAUUGGCAGUCAUCAAGACUCGCCAGAACUACGCAAACAACUGCACUCACUUCAGCAUUAUACUCAACAACUCGUAAAAGAUACCAAUGGAUACAUUAAGGACCUCGCCAAUAUUUCCCCAUCGUUGUCACAGUCUGAACAAAGGCAAAGAAAGAUGCAGCGUGAAAGACUGCAAGAUGAAUUUUCGACCACUUUGAAUUUAUUCCAACAGGUUCAAAGAAGUACCGCCCAGAAAGAGAAAGAGCAAAUUAAGAAAGCCAGGCAACAAGCCUAUGGGGAUCAGCCAUAUUUACCUGGAUACAAAAAGGAUCAACAGCUGAUUGAGCUUCAAGGUGGUGCCGGAAACCAACAAAUGCAACUGCAAGAAGAGGCGGAUUUAAGACUUUUACAAGAACAAGAACAAGCUGUCCAACAACUUGAGAGUGAUAUUAACGACGUGAAUGAGAUCUUCAAAGAUUUAGGGCGACUAGUGCAUGAACAGGGCGAAGUGAUAGACAGUAUAGAAUCCUCAGUGGAGAGUACGUCUAAUUUUGUUCAUCAGGGAGCUGAACAGCUUAGGGAAGCUGGCAGCUACAAAGACCGUAUUAGAAAAAAGAAAGUAUUUUUUAUAUUGAUCGCAGCCAUCAUUUUGGCAGUGAUUAUUAUCAUCAUUGCUUUGAAGACUUCUUAAUUUUGGUCUGCUUUCUUGCAUGGGAUAUAUUUCUAUAUUAAUCUUAUAACACAGUGUUUUUGUAAAGGGUGCAGUGCUAUACGUUCAUUAUCUUAUCUGCAACUUGCAAAUUAGUUUGAGCAGCGGCUCAAUUUCUUUAACAUUAUUAGGCUUAUGCCAAGUGGCCUAAAAUGUACAUAAAAUUGGAAAUGUUUAAUACCUACUGAGUGUAUGUUACGGUAUUCAAAAGUGGCUCGUUAUCCUAGAUUAAUUAUUUAUAGAAUUUCAUUAAAAAUAACAUAUUAAUGCAUUAGUUUCCUCCGUAUCCAUUUGGGGUAAUAAAGUAAUUGCAGUAAAUUAAAACUCAAAAGCAGCAGCCACUGAAGAAAUUCAAAAAUGAUUUAGAGUUAAGGAAAUCUUUAAUUCCUUUCAUUUACCGUCCGAUUGUUUAUUUUUAAAGUGCAACCCCCGGUGUAAUAUAUUUUGUUAUUAUUGUAUGUAUAUAAGUUAAUAAAAAGUUAUUCAUAUCA